GCUGUGCAGGGAGGGUGGAGGCAAAAUUGAUAUCAAAUAAGGGUAUCCAACUGAGACCUGGAUGUUCCGUUUAAGUUGUUGUUCAUUUUCAUUCUCCAUGCCAGGGGGUGAAAAGCUUUUAACUUCACCAUCCUCUUUAAUGAGAACAUUUAUUUUUCAUGGAUUUAUAUUUUUCUUCUCCAUAAAGAUUGAAUUUGUGUUGUAUUAGAUAAAAACGAAGGGGUUUCUUUAUCCUCUUUUCAUUUUACUAUGUACUAGUCAGGCUUUAGUUCAGAUAGAAAGGAGAGGUCCUGCUGCCUAGGUGGGAGGCCUUUACCAAGCAUGGGAGGCCCCAGGGAGCCGAAAUCCGAAGUAGAACGAUGCUGCUUUCGGGAGUCUUGUCAGCUCUUCAGUUGCUGCUUCUCUCUUUUCCAAUGGGCCUAGGGAACAGGAACUAUCCAAGGUGCUAGAAUGCUGGCAGCUUUGCUAUUCAAUGCAGACGGAUUGCACACACAGAGAAGAAAGAUUACUGCUUAUUUCAGAAGAAUAUAAUCAAAUGAGGCACCUUAGUCAGCCCGGGUGAUUGCUUCGAGUCUUGUAAUAAUUUGUGUAGCAAAGUGGGUAAAAUCAUUCAAUUUCUUCCCUGCUGGACCUGGAAGGAGAGGGGCUGUGUAUUCAUCCCCACCCAUUAGCUAUGCCCUCUUUUCUCUGAAUGUCGAUUUAAGGAAGCAGGCACCUGCCUUUUGCCACUGCGUCUUUCUAGCAAACUUUAAAGGCUAUUUUAUCUGAUAGGAAGACUAUCAAGAAUGCUCUGAUCUCUAGUGAUGAAGAAUCUGGGAGUGGACCCUUUCCCCAUCCAGAUAAAAUGCACUUUAACUGAAGAAAAACGGAGCUGAACUACAAGUCCAUUUCUUAUGGUGCUGGAUUACUCCUACAGAACUGCCCUGAGAUCAGCCGCGAGGGAGGGCUUUGACAGACACAAGUCAACCUUCUGAUUCUUGCACUUAGCCCUCCCCGGGGACUUAAAUUUUGGUGGUGUUCCUUUCUACAUGAUUUCCUCCAAGAUGAUGAGCUGCAAUCCCGAGGAAGACCCGCUGGACACGUUCCUCCAGUACAUCGAGGACAUGGGGAUGAAGGCCUACGACGGCUUGGUUAUUCAGAACGCAUCAGACAUUGCUCGAGAGAACGAUCGCUUGAGAAAUGAAACAAACCUGGCCUACUUGAAGGAGAAAAACGAAAAACGGCGAAGGCAAGAAGAAACGAUAAAACGCAUAGGUGGAGAAGUAGGGCGAGGCCACGAGGGAAGUUACGCGGGCAAACAUUUCCGCAUGGGGUUCAUGACGAUGCCUGCUCCUCAGGACAGACUUCCCCAUCCUUGCUCCAGUGGCUUUUCCGUGAGGUCGCAGUCCCUGCACUCGGUCGGGGGCACAGAUGACGACAGCAGCUGUGCCUCCCGGAGACAACCGCCCCCCAAGCCCAAGCGGGACCCCAGCACCAAGCUGAGCACGUCGUCGGAGACGGUCAACAGCGGCGCGGCCAGCAAGGGCGGGAAGGCGGCCGAGCGGAGCGAAGUGUCGGCCAAACCAAGACCCCACAGUGAUGAAUAUUCAAAGAAGAUUCCUCCUCCCAAACCCAAGCGGAACCCAAACACUCAGCUCAGCACGUCCUUUGAUGAAACGUACAUCAAAAAGCAUGGGCCGCGGAGGACGUCGCUCCCGCGGGACGCGUCGCUCUCCCAGGUCAGCAGCCCCGCGGGGGACCCCGAGGAGGAGGAGCCCGUGUACAUCGAGAUGGUGGGGAACAUUCUCAGAGACUUCAGGAGGGAGGACGACGACCAGAGUGAGGCCGUCUAUGAGGAAAUGAAAUACCCCAUUUUUGACGACUUGGGUCAGGACUCCAAAUGCGACCUUGACCAUCACAGCUGUUCUUCGCAGUGUGCUACUCCCACGGUGCCUGACCUGGACUCGGCCAGGUCCGCAGGGCCAUGCCCCCCGAAGGGCGCACUCUGCGACAUCCCCCCGCCCUUCCCCAACCUGCUGUCGCACAGGCCCCCGCUGCUGGUGUUCCCCCCGGCGCCCGUGCAGUGCUCGCCCAACUCCGACGAGUCUCCGCUCACCCCGCUGGAGGUCACCAAGCUCCCGGUGCUGGAAAACGUGUCCUACAUGAAGCAGCAGGCCGGGGCGUCCCCGUCCUCGCUGCCCCCCGCCACCCCCGGCCACCCCAAGCUGGAGAAGGACCAGCCGGGGGCCCUGGGGCCCGCUCCGGCCGCCGCGACGCUCUCCUCGUCCCCCCCGCCGCCCUCCGCUUUGUACCGGACGCAGUCCCCCCACGGCUACCCCAAAAGCCACUCGGCCUCCCCGUCGCCCGUGAGCAUGGGGCGGGCCCUGACGCCGCUCAGCCUCAAGCGGCCGCCGCCCUACGACGCGGUGCACGCGGGCGGCCCGGCCAGGGGCUCGACGGCAGCGCCCCCCGCCGCUGGCCGGCCGCUGUCGCAGGACGCGGCCAAGCUGGCCCAGGCGGCGGGCAGCCCCUGCGGGCCGGCGGCGGGCGGCGCGCGCUCGCGGACCCCCACCAGCCCGCUGGAGGAGCUCACCAGCCUGUUCACGUCCGGGCGCAGCCUGCUGCGGAAGUCGUCCGGCGGCCGCCGGGCCAAGGAGCCUGCGGAGAAAUCGACCGAGGAGCUAAAGGUCCGGAGCCACAGCACGGAGCCCUUACCAAGGCUGGACAGCAAAGAAAGAGGGCAUCACGGGGCGUCUCCCAGAGAGCCCAUCAAAGCUCAGGAAUGGGAUGGAACACCAGGGCCACCUGUGGUCACCAGCAGACUGGGAAGAUGCUCUGUGAGCCCCACCUUGUUAGCAGGAAACCACAGUUCAGAACCGAAAGUAAGCUGCAAGCUGGGCCGGUCUGCGUCCACAUCCGGCGUGCCCCCGCCAUCAGUUACUCCUCUCAGGCAAGCCAGUGACCUGCAGCAGAGUCAGGUGGCAUGCAUGCAGUGGUUUCAUGGAGACCAUACAAUGCUUGAGAUGAUUGAGAAAAAGCGUUGCUUGUGCAAAGAAAUAAAGGCUAGACAGAAAACGGAAAAGGGCCUUUGCAAACAGGAUAGCAUGCCUAUCUUACCCAGCUGGAAGAAGAAUGCAGGUGCAAAGAAGUACAGUCCUCCACCCUAUUCUAAACAGCAAACAGUAUUCUGGGAUACUGCCAUAUGACUUUGAAGGAUGACAUGAGCUCCACGUGACUUAACAGGAAGAAGGAAGUCAACUUGGUCAUGUGAUGAGUAACUGUUAUGUAUCUUCUCUGUUUGGAAAGGAAUGCCAGCACUUCCCUUGGAAAAUCCAUGGGAAGCUGUGCCUAUUCAUGACAAAUUCCAGAUAAAAUGUAUAUUUCCUUGCAAUUAAGGCACACUUAUUUAUCCUGGAUUAUUUUGAAUCCAGAAGAUAUUAAGAUGUAAAUAUUUUACUAGUUUAUGGGUGACAACUGAAAUAAUACACAUUAUACGUAUAUGAACUACAGAAAUAUCAAGAGUUUUAAUAUAUGAUAUAAUUUCGGUAUUAACUGGUUUGUUAUCUCUUUUAUAUGUAAUCCCUUGAUGCCUUUUAUUAUUAAUUUUUUGCAUUUAAAAUGUUAUUUUUGUCCGCCCACAUUUAGCUUCUCUACAAGAGCUCACAACUAUAAAUCAUGUUCAACCACAUAAUAUAUGAUCUGGUGCUAGUAAUGUAGAAGUCAAAUAUCAUUCGUUAAGAAUGCCUAUUGCUUUGUACAUUUGUAAGGGUUGAUGGGAAAUAGAUGCAAAUAUGAUGCUUAAUUUGGACAUCCAUGUUACAUCAACACCAAUAUUUUUGCUACAUUGGCUUUAUAAAAAUUUCUCUUCAAUAUAGUCCCGUUUAUUACUAAACAAUGGUUAGUCAAACUAUAAAGAAAGUUACUAGGACAUAUUGGGACAUCCUAGCAGCAAACAUUUCCUUCAGAAAUGACUUUAGGGACAUGUAUGUGUCCUGGCAUCAUUGACCUGAUUGGAGGAGACCAGGGUUCACUGUGACAGUGGAAGGAACAGGAAACAAAAGCUAAACAUCAAGACUGCUUUCAAGAAAGUGGGACCAGUGGCAUUAUAGCCACUUCAGUCACUAUUUUUAAGUAACUUUUAAUGUAUUUGUUUGUUUACCCUAGGAAAUGAGAAAUAAACAUUCAAUCAGAUGAGUUCACAUAUUUUAGUACAUGAAAUGCCAAUCUUUCUCAAAAUUAAGGUCAAUUAAUGAAUUAGUAUCUCUCAUUCAUUUUUUUCAAAUUAUCACCACACUUUUGGGUCGUAAUCUUCUGCACAUGAUCAUCACACCCACUUUUACUGAUUAUGACACCGUGACCAAAGAAUUAUGACCACUUACUUAUUAUAUUUUGCUUCAAGCAAGAAACAGGAAAUGCAGGGGGUGGGGGAUGGGGUGGAUUCAGUUUUCUGUGGUGGUGAAAUUUAAGUUAAGCAAAUCGUAUAUAUCUUUUAAGAGCAACUUGUUAGUUAAAUAUAAAUAUUUCCAUGGAUGAAUAAAAAGGAAACUAUCACAUAUAUUUUGUAUAUUCAAAUUACUAUUUAUGCUUCCUAAAAUUGACAGUAUGUGAUUCUUCUUUAAUAAUCAAUUUAGUAUUAUAUUUCUGAGAGAAAAGGUAUGUGUUUGAAGUUAUUGUCAUAGUGGCUUUCCUUAUAAGGGUUUUGACAGCAAUAGUACAAUGCUGCUCAAUAAAACCAAAUAUAAACAGGAGGUAGGGAAUUUUUGUAAUCUAUAUUGCUAAAAAUCUAGUAAUGCUUUAUCAGUAAUGGUUCCUUUCAAGACUUUGAAAUGGUAUAAAAUAAUUUUUUAAUAUUUUAUAAUUAAUGUAUAUUUUGAUGUCCAAUUGGAAUUCUGAAAGAAUAAGGAAAAAAGGUAACU